AUGACGUACGACGCUUCUCUCCUGUUUUCUGGACUUGGUACAGCCGAGACUCUGGCCAAUCAGAAGAGUUUUCGUCACCUAUUGCUAGGCUCCCUCCCCCACCACGUUCACCGGCGCACACAAAGGGCGGGGGCCCUGGCCAAUGGGGUGCGAGCACCAGGCGGCGCUUGGCGGUCGAGCGCCGUCGUUAAGGAGGCUUCGUUGCUAGGGAAGCAGUCGUGGAGAAAGGGGAACGGCGAUCGAAGCGGGGCUCGGAGCCCUGCAGCGACUGACUGGACACUGAGUCCGGCCCCGGCCUCCCGGGCCCCUACCGCGAGCAUGGUCAAGCUGGCGGCCAAGUGUAUCUUGGCAGGUGACGCCACAGUGGGGAAGAGCGCCCUGGCUCAGAUGUUCCGGAGUGACGGGGCUCAUUUCCAGAAGAACUAUACGUUGGUGAGUGUCAGUCCAAAGGCAGCCCAUGACCUGAGUUAG